UGGGUUGAAAACUGCUUGUGGUGUGGAAAAGCAAAACUCGGCAACAAACAUCUAAAAUGAAGAGCCCCCAAACUUUUGAGGAACAAACAGAAUGCAUUGUGAAUACUCUGCUCCAUGACUUCUUGGGCUCACCAUCGCAGGUGGCCAACCGGGACCUCUACUGUGAGGAUGAACCAGAUUCAGGAGAGCCUUCCUCUUUUGACGUGGUUAUUGUUGCCGGUCGUCUUCGAAUGUUGGGUGACCAAAUCAACGAAGAACUGGAAUCUUCUGCCAAAAGCAUCAUUGCAAAAACCAUUCAGGGACAGGUAGAAGCUGUAUUCCCAGAAAAAGUGAGAUCUCUCAGCGAGACCCUGUGUGCUCAGGACCCCAACUUCGCUUAUGAGAGAGCAUUUCUGGCAGUAUCAGUGAAACUCCUUGAGUGUGUGGCCCGCGUGGCUCCUGAAAUGGCAGGACAGGUGGCUGUCUGCAUGACAGGGAUAAUCAAUGGGAACAGAGCCAUCCGGGAGUUCAUCCAGGGCCAGGGAGGCUGGGAAAAUCUGGAGGGCUGAAGAAGGGUUGGAACUCUUCCCCAGACAGAACCUGACUUCCUCUUCAACUGCUUGGGUGAUUGAUAUCUGGCAAUUAAAAUAAACACAUUUUUU